AUGAGUCCAAUGACCCCUUCAUCCUCAACUCCGGACCAAGAUGCAAACUCAACAACAAGAAUCAAGGAUCUGGGCGACUCAACGAAAUCCAACCAUUCCUGGGCUCUUGUCGCUAAAUGGCUAAAGACUUGUCGAGAACAGCAUGUCUCAUGCUCCGAGAAAGAUGACGGCGACCGUUCUUGGUGUCCGACGCGACUGUUGGAGCUUGGGAAUGAGCCUUCCGGAGAAGAUGUGGUUAAACUAAUAGAAACAGCCUAUGUGAAGCCAGAUGGUGAUUACAUAACCCUUAGUCACUGUUGGGGCAAGGGAACUCUGAUCAGAACACUCCGGGAAAAUUUGCAAGACUUUCUGAUCCAAUUGCCAAGUCUCCCAAAGACAUUCCAAGAUGCAAUUCUAGCUACAAGAAUGCUUGGCGUUCGGUAUAUAUGGAUUGAUAGCUUGUGCAUAAUUCAAGACGAUGCCGAUGACUGGGCAAAGGAGGCAUCUCUUAUGCAUAAAGUGUAUAAGAACGCGAUGUGCAAUCUGUCCGCAAGUGCUUCUAGAAAUAGUUACGAGGGUUUGUUCCGGCCUAGAGCUCCUCGUUUUCUGUCAGAGUUGGAAAUCAAACUGCGAAAUACCGACUACGACGUUAUUGAAGAACAUCUUUUUGAUAGGGAGGUAGAAGAUGCACCGUUACAGCAACGAGCAUGGGUUCUGCAAGAAAGACUCUUAUCACCUCGAAUCAUUCACUUCGGGCAUAGUCAACUUUCGUGGGAAUGCAAUGAGCUUUGCGCUUGUAAACUCUUCCCUGAUGGACUGCCGGAUGACUUGCAUUACAAUGGUAAAUUACAAUUGUCCCGUCUGAUACAAGCUGCAGUGUCGCAAACUGAAUUAUCGAAAUAUAAUGAAGUCAAAUUCAGAAUAUGGGACAACGUGUUACAGAAUUAUUUCAAAAGAAAAUUUACUUUUCAAUCCGAUAUACUCCCUGCGCUAUCAGGAAUGGCCAAGCAUAUUGGAAAUCUGCUCGGUGAUACAUAUCUUGCAGGUAUCUGGAAAAACGACAGCACGAUGUUUCAACUUGCUUGGCACUGUACAGGGGAAUUGAGCUCUCGUCCAGAUUACAGAGCUCCAACAUGGUCUUGGGUAUCAGUGGAUAGCUAUAGUGCGGUGCAGGCUGCGCGUCCAAAAGACUCUGAUCGAAUUGAUAAAUCCGGCAAACACUUCUAUUGCAGAUCUCCCUCGAAAAUUGUUGAUGAACAAAUUUGUUCCGCUGGCGACGACAUAUUCAGUCACGUUAAGGGUGGGUAUAUUACGGUAGAGGGGCCUUUGAACCAUAUUUCUAUACGUUCCAGGAUAGGCUAUCUUGACGAAAUCGAGAUGGAGAUAGAGUUUGAUGUCUUGUUUGAUGUUCCUGAGGAAUUGUAUAUUCUUUAUCUUUAUCACGAUGAUGAGUUGGGUUACUCGCAAGAUUGA